UUGAAAUGAAAACUUUAAUAAAAAAAAUUGCCCAGGGGGUCAAUUCUGGUUCUAUGAAAAUAUGAAAUGAAAAAAUUAUUUUGAAUUUCGUUUUCAUAACAACUUUUCAUAAUUCGUUUUCAUAAAAACAUAUUUUCCGAUUCUGAUUCAUUUUGUGAAAACAAUGUUUCAAUUCCGUGUCGCAAUGAAACUUUUGUAACUAUGUUAUUGAAAUAAUUGUAAAGUUGACGUUCAUAUGUUAACAGGAAAAAAAUAAUAUUGUCGUAAAAUCAAACAAUAUACGAUAAAAAAUGUCAAGUUCCAUUAUAUUAUAUUAUAUAUCGCAAAGACAUAGAAUAGAACAAAGGAACUCGCUUCGAAUUCUUAGACGCAGUCUUCGGGAUCACCACAAUCCAUUUGAAAUAGCCACAGAGGAGAGCUUUUUUGAGUUGUAUAGGAUGCCGAAGCAUUUGUGUUUGGAACUCAUCGAAGAAUUGAAGCCAUUUUUGCCGAAAUCAAGAAGAGUCCAUGCAAUUCCAUGCCAUCUAAUAGUACUAAGUUCAUUACGUUUUUUUGCUACUGGUAGCUUUCAACGAAGUGUAGGACAAGAUAAUUUAUCCGCUUUAUCUCAAACAUCCGUAAGCAGAUGUGUAACUAUGGUUGCUAAAGCUUUGAACAAUAUUUCACACAAUUAUAUAAUAUUUCCCAAACAAGGAGAUUUCCCAGGACUUAAAAUAAAGUUUAUGGAGAAAUAUCAAUUUCCAGGGAUUAUAGGAGUAAUUGACGGCACUCAUAUUAAAAUAUCUGCUCCAAGGCGUGAAAUUGAGCAUAUAUAUUACUGUCGAAAAGGAGGACAUUCAAAGAAUGUGAUGAUUAUAUGCGAUUCAAAUUAUAUUAUUUUGGCAGCUAACGCACGAUUUGGUGGUACAGCACAUGAUUCUUAUGUUUGGAGAAGUUCCCAAGCUUGCAGAAGACUGGAAGAUUUAUAUACUGGAGGAGAACGUAAUUAUUGGCUUUUAGGAGAUAGUGGUUACCCAUUGCAGCCGUGGUUGAUGACUCCUAUACUUUCAACGUGCAAUACAUCUGAAGAGCGCUACAACAUCGCUCACAAAUCGACACGAGCUUUAGUAGAAAGAUGUAUUGGUAUACUAAAAUCAAGAUUUCGAUGCUUAUCAAAAGAAAGGACACUUUACUAUAGUCCACCAAAAGCAGGUCUGAUAAUAAACGCCUGUUUGGUCCUGCAUAAUUUUUUAGUUCGGAAAAAGAUACCGCAUCCGGAAAUAAUAUCAGAGGAAAUGAAUGACAAUGGGGAACAAACAAAUGCAACUGCGGAUAUUUCAUGCCGAAAUAUAUCAAGUAUUGCAAAAAGGCAACGUUCCGAGAUAGUUGAAAACGUAUUUGCUCAAUAGAUAAGAAUAGAUUGAAAAAUCAAUACAAUCAUCAAAAAAACAAGUGAAAAAGCAGUUGAAUACCGUCCACCAUUUGGAAAGAAUUUAAAAAUUCUCAAAAAAAAAAAAAAAAAACAAAAAACUAAAUAAAAAGGCAAAAUCGUUACAAAAUUUUUUAAAAUCUUAAAAAUACUAUACGAAGACUUGGAUCUAAAAUUCUGUCUGUACCUAUAACGAAGUGUGGGCUUUACCUAUACGUGGGCCUACAUAACAAAUAUUCAAUAUCAAAAGUCCUGCAGACCAAACACACAUUUGAAUAAAAUUGUAUCAAUCUACUUCAAUUCGUUUGGACGCUAGGGUGAUUUCCACGGACAGACAAUUUUUAUCCACACCUUGCUGAUUUGUGUCAAGCUCGUUUCCAAAACAGUUUAAGAAUAAUCGACAUCAUUUUUAGUAAUGGCUAGAAUUUAUUUAUUAUUAUGUCAGUAGCCAUUAUUAUUACAAGGUAGAACUUGAAUGACUUCCUGUAUUUUUUUUAAAAAAUCCACUUUUGCUUGUGUAUCAGCCUUAAUCGCUUCUGUUUGCUCCUUUAUAGCUUCAAUCUCCCUUUCCUUUAGAGUAUUAGACUUUCUCAUAGCUUCCACUUUCUCUUCUUCUAUUUUAAACAAUAUUUCAAAUUGUGAUUCAUCAGGAUAUAAAGCAACCUUCCGUUUUUCUUUCCUUGGUCUUUUUCCUCCCAAUUUAAUUGUAAAUGUGGAAUUUUCUCCAGUUUCAAGAUCUUCAUCCAACUCUACAAUUUGGUCAUCAAGUAUCUCCACCA